AUGGCUGUCGAACGCAUCGGUUCCAUCAUCAAGCACCUUGCUCCUGGCUCGGCCCUCAACACCCUCCAGGCCAAGAACGCCGACGACAUUGUCAUCACCGUCGCCAUCCGCACACCCCUGACCAAGGCCCGCAAGGGUGGCUUCAAGGACAGCGGCAUCGAGUAUCUCGCCUACUGUCUGCUCAAGGAGCUCAAGACUCGCUCCGGCAUCGACCCUGCUCUGGUUGAGGACUUUGCUUUCGGCAACGUCAACGACCCUCUUGCCGCCUCCAAGAUCCGCGCCGCCGCCCUCGCCGCCGGCUUCCCCAACACGGCCGGCGCCUAUGCCGUGAACCGCUUCUGCUCGUCGGGCCUCAAGGCCACGGCCGACAUUGCCGACUCGAUCCGCUCGGGCGCCAUCGACAUUGGCGUCUCCGUCGGCGGCGAGAGCAUGUCGGCGCCCGGCGCGCCCCCCUUCCCCUUCAACGAGGAGGUCAUGGAGAACCAGGAGGUGCAGGACUCGCUCGAGCCCAUGGGCUGGACCAGCGAGAACGUCGCCGCCGACUUCAACAUCACCCGCGAGAAGAUGGACGAGUACGCCGCCGAGUCGUUCCAGCGCGCCGAGCGCGCCCAAAAGGCCGGCUGGUUCGACGACGAGAUUGUCCCCAUCAAGGCCAAGGUCGAGGACAAGGACGGCAACAUCACCGAGAUCACCGUCUCCAAGGACGAGGGCAUCCGCCCCGGCACCACCAAGGAGGGCCUCGCCAAGGUCCGCGCUGCCUUCCCCCAGUGGGGUGAGACCACCACUGGCGGCAACGCCAGUCAGGUCACUGACGGAGCUGCCGCCAUUCUCCUCAUGAAGCGCUCCACCGCCAUCAAGCUCGGCCAGCCCAUCCUCGCCAAGUACGUCGGCUCUACCGUCGCCGGCCUGGCCCCCCGCAUCAUGGGCAUCGGCCCCUCGGUCGCCAUCCCCAAGCUGCUGGCCAAGUACAACAUCACCCUCGCCGACGUCGACGUCGUCGAGCUCAACGAGGCCUUUGCCUCCAUGGCCGUCUACUGCCGCGACAAGCUCAACCUCGACUGGGCCAAGAUGAACCCCCGCGGCGGCGCCAUCGCCCUCGGCCACCCUCUCGGCGCCACCGGCGCCCGCCAGAUUGUCACCGGCCUCAGCGAGCUGCGCAGACAGGACAAGAAGGUCCUCCUCACCAGCAUGUGCAUUGGUUCCGGCCAGGGCAUGGCUGCUCUGUUUAUCCGCGAGUAA